UAUCAAACCUCUUUUAGGGUUUUAUCUCCAGCGUCCCUGAAUUCACCACUUGCCAUAUCGAACUCACAGACCAUGAUGACUCAUGAGAUUCCGCCACCGACAGAUCAACUAACCGCCUUCUCCUUGAGCAACGAUGAAGAAGCCUCCUCUUCGACGACCUUGUCUCGACCCGACAGCGGAGCAGAACUUACCGACCAGAAGAUCCAAAGCCACAGAUGGGUCAGAACCGGAACAACAGAGCAAGGAAAAGAAACUUUCUCUAUCACUGUGGUGAACGGUGGAUCCUCCUCCUCUGCGAAUCUUCAAGUUAUGUUUGAUGACUCUUCUGUUCCAAAUCUCUCAGAGCUGGCUGCUGUUACCAUCGACGACGUCGAUGGAUGUCUGAAGAUUCCCCUACACGGUAAAGGCACCAAGUACAAGAUUCAGCUUAGCGUUGAGAAGGUGACUGAUGACGAAGAGACUCCGCCGCCAUCAGAUCAACUCGCUGCCGUAUCUUCACGUCACGUGCCUGUUAAAUCCAUCUUGUGUCGACCCGACGGGGGAGCAGGGCUAGCCGGGCAGAAAGUCCGGAUCUUCGGGUGGGUUAGAACCGGAAGGUUACAAGGAAAAGGUACUUUCGCUUUCCUCGAGGUGAACGACGGAUCAUGCCCAGCGUUUCUCCAGGUUAUAGUGGACGCUUCUUUAAGUACAGAUCUCUCCAAGUUGAUUGCUAAAGGAACUUGUGUAGUCGUUGAUGGAUGUUUGAAGCUUCCUCCGCAAGGCACAAAGCAGAAGAUUGAGCUUAAGGUCGAGGAGGUGGUUGCUGUGGGAACGGUGGAUCAGGCUACGUACCCGUUUCCUAAGAACAAGCCCUCCCUAGAGCAUUUGAGAAAGUAUCUUCACCUUCGCGCCAGAACCAACUCGAUAGCUUCAGUUGCAAGAAUCAGAAGCGCGCUUGCUUUUGCGACACACUCUUUCUUUCAGUCACAGAGUUUCCUUUACGUUAACACACCAAUCAUCACCACAAGUGACUGCGAAGGAGCUGGUGAGAUGUUCCAAGUGACGACACUGAUCAGUUCAACCGAGAAGCUUGAGAGGGAUCUUCUCCAGAACCCUCCACCUACCGAGGCUGACGUUGAAGCUGCUAGGCUCGUUGUUAAAGAGAGAGGUGAAGCUGUAGCGACCCUGAAAGCUGCUAAAGCUGCAAGCGAGCAAGAGAUCACUGCGUCUCUUGCUGAACUCGCUAAUGCAAAGCUGAGUUUAGCUAGGACUGUAGAGAGGUCAAGGCUCAAGCCUGGCUUACCUAAAAAAGAUGGGGGAGUCGAUUAUUCUCAAGACUUUUUCGGUCGUCAAGCUUUCUUGUCUGUUUCUGGUCAGUUACAGCUUGAGAGCUACGCUUGUGCUCUUGGCAGCGUGUACACCUUUGGCCCUACUUUUAGAGCGGAGAACUCUCAUACCUCGAGGCAUCUUGCUGAGUUCUGGAUGGUUGAGCCUGAGUUAGCUUUAGCAGACCUAGAGGAGGAUAUGGACUGUGCAGAAGAAUAUGUGAGAUACAUGUGCAAGUGGCUGCUUGAUAACUGCUACGAUGACUUGGAAGUUAUGGCCAAGAACGUUGACGAGGGAUGCAUUGAGAGGCUAAAGCUGGUUGCAUCAACUCCGUUUGUGCGUGUAACGUACACUGAUGCAAUAGAGUUGCUUAAGAAAGCUGUGGCUCAAAGACAGAAAUUUGAGAACUAUGUGGAGUGGGGAAUAGACUUGGCGUCUGAGCAUGAAAGAUACUUGACAGAGGUUGUGUUUCAAAAGCCUGUUAUUGUCUAUAACUACCCGAAAGGAAUCAAAGCUUUCUAUAUGAGAGUUAAUGAUGAUGGAAAGACAGUCGCUGCUAUGGAUGUCCUCGUUCCAAAGGUUGGAGAGCUCAUUGGUGGGAGCCAAAGAGAAGAACGGUAUGGCGUCCUUAUGAGCAGGCUCGAGGAGAUGGGUCUACCAGUGGAGCCAUACGAGUGGUACCUGGACUUGAGACGUCAUGGAACAGUGAAGCAUUCAGGAUUCGGACUUGGGUUCGAGCGUAUGGUUCUGUUUGCUACAGGAAUGGACAACAUCAGAGACGUUAUUCCUUUCCCUCGCUAUCCCGGAAGAGCUGAUCUUUGAUUCCACUGAACAUAUAUUUCAAACUCAAUUCUGUAUCAUAAAAUGAUCGUCCCUUUGUUUUAGUU